AAUGACAUAAUGGACCUCUGGAAUAUGGCAAUAAGAAUCAUUUUCUUAUUACAAACUACAACUGGAAUUUUUGGAAAUUCCUCUCUUAUACUCUACUAUCUUAUCUGUUACUACAAAAAAUACACAUUAAAGCCUACAGAUUUCAUUCUGUUUCACAUAAUGACUGCUAAUGCCUUGAUCAUUCUUUCUUUAGGAGUUCCCCAAACAUUGUCAGUGUGGGGAUUGAAGGAGUUCCUGAAUAAUUUUGGAUGUGAUCUCCUAUUGUACAUUCAAGGAUUUGGUAGAAGAGUGUCCAUUUGCAUGACCUGUCUUCUUAGUAUCUUCCAAACAAUAACUAUUAAUCCCAGAAAACUCUGUUGGAAAUAUCACAAAGUCGUAGCUUCAAAAGUCAUUGGUUGCUCCAUUUCCCUCUUCUGGGUCUUGCACAUGUUGAUUAACUUUAUCUUCUUUGUAUACACAUCUAUCAAAAGGAAUCGAAAAAAUGUCACAAGAAUACGAGAUUUGGGAUACUGUUUCCUUAUAGGGAGUGAUGAUAUCAGUGACUUUCUAUAUACAGCGUUGGUGGUGUGCCCUGAAGUUAUCUUCUCUGUGUUCAUUGCCUGGUCCAGUGGUUCUAUGAUUGUUAUUCUGUACAGACACAAACAGAGGGUUCAAUACAUCCACAGCUCUCAUCGUUCCUGCAGAUGCUCCACUGAAUCCAGGGCUACACAGAACAUCCUUGCGCUAUUAUCUACAUUUCUGACUUGCUAUACUCUCUCCUCCAUCUUAAGAGGCUGCAUUGCUUUUUUGCACAAUCACAAUUGGUGGCUGAUGAAUAUCAAUCAUUUCAUUUCUCUGUGUUUUCCCUCUUUUGCUCCAUUUGUUCUCAUCAGUCAUUACUCUAUGGUGUCCAGAUUCAGUUUGUACUGGUUAAGAAAAAAAAACAUCACACCAGAAAAUCAAGUUUUGAAUCUAAACUCACAUCUCAGGAAAACGAUAGAGGAGCAAAGCGGAGGUCUUGGACAGGUGAAUUUAUUUGCUAUGACCAUAAGCACAAAACUUGCACAAGAUAAACCUAGGAAAAAAAUCCCUGCUGAUCAGAGAAG